UUAUCGACCCAUCGCUAGUGGUUUAUUGCCGGAGUGAAAUAAAUUAAAUAUUGCAAAUUAUAUUAUAAAACAGAGCCAGAUCCAGCAUGCCAGACGCCGAACAACUGCCCGAGGGCUGGGAGAAGCGCACCAGCCGCUCCACAGGACUGAGCUACUACCUCAAUGUGCACACCAAGGAGUCGCAGUGGGAUCAGCCCACGGAGCCGGCCAAGAAGACCGGCGGCGGAGGUGGAUCCAAUGCCUCGGCCGCCGCUGGCGGAGAUGCCGCCGACGAGGUGCAGUGCCUCCAUCUGCUGGUGAAGCACAAGGGCAGCCGGCGGCCCAGCUCGUGGCGCGAGGCGAACAUCACCCGCACCAAGGAGGAGGCCCAGCUGCUCCUCGAGGUCUAUCGCAACAAGAUCGUCAACCAGGAGGCCACCUUCGAUGAGCUGGCCCGCUCCUAUUCCGACUGCAGUUCCGCCAAGAGGGGCGGCGACCUCGGAAAGUUCGGCAGAGGUCAAAUGCAGGCAUCGUUCGAGGAGGCCGCCUUCAAACUGAACGUCGGCCAGCUGUCGGGCAUCGUCGACAGCGAUUCCGGCCUGCACAUCAUACUCCGCAAAUCCUAGAAAAAUCCUCGACUCCUCCGCCACGCAGCUCACGUCACUUCACAUGAAUAAAACGGAAUUUACAGCCAUUUCAAUAUAGAA